CAACUCCCUAACCACUGCCCUACUAUCAAACACACUACACUCAAUCAUGUCAUCCGGUCCAACCUGCUCCGAAGAGCUAACCCCUCUUUUCGGCUCAGGGGCCAAUGCCACCGCUGCAGCGGAAUACAUAUGUACACGCUUCAACAACACCUCAGAAACAUUCAAUAUUACCACACGUGCCAUUGACAACACUUACCUUCUAUUUUCGGCUUACCUUGUGUUUGCCAUGCAACUCGGGUUCGCUAUGUUAUGUGCAGGGUCGGUCCGGGCCAAAAACACUAUGAACAUAAUGCUCACUAAUGUCUUGGAUGCUGCAGCUGGAGGCAUUUCUUAUUACGUUUUUGGGUUUGCGUUCGCCUUUGGUACUCCGUCUAACGUUUUCAUUGGCAAACAUAACUUUGGGCUGAAAUCGAUCCCAUCCGAUAAUUACGACUAUAGUUACUUUUUAUACCAAUGGGCCUUUGCGAUUGCUGCAGCUGGUAUUACUAGUGGCUCCAUUGCAGAAAGAACUCAGUUUGUGGCUUACCUUAUUUAUUCUUCCUUCUUGACAGGUUUUGUGUAUCCGAUAGUGUCACAUUGGGUAUGGUCUAGUGAUGGUUGGGCAAGCGCCACAAAAUCUAGUGGUGACCUCCUGUUUGGAUCAGGAGCCAUCGAUUUUGCUGGCUCGGGUGUUGUCCAUAUGGUGGGUGGCAUAGCUGGCCUCUGGGGUGCGGUAAUUGAAGGUCCAAGAAUUGGAAGAUUUGAUCGUUCUGGACGAUCUGUUGCCUUACGAGGUCACAGUGGUUCUCUUGUAGUUUUGGGUACUUUCCUUUUAUGGUUUGGUUGGUACGGUUUCAAUCCGGGUUCUUUUAUCAAAAUUUCGAUAUUAUAUCGUCCUACGGAUACUUAUUAUGGUCAAUGGAGUGCGGUUGGUAGGACAGCUGUUACAACCACAUUGGCUGGAUGCACUGCUGGAUUGACCACAUUAUUUAGCAAACGGCUACUAGUUGGUCACUGGAAUGUGACCGACGUGUGUAAUGGGUUGCUAGGAGGUUUAGCCGCCAUUACCUCAGGGUGUUCAGUGGUUGAGCCAUGGGCUGCAAUCAUUUGUGGAUUCGUUGCAGCUUGGGUUUUAAUAGGAUUUAACAAGCUUGCAGAAAAAUUAAAGUACGACGACCCAUUAGAAGCUGCACAACUACACGGUGGGUGUGGAGCGUGGGGCUUAUUGUUCACGGGUUUGUUUGCUAAGAAACAAUAUGUCAAUGAGGUGUAUGCCAAAGGGAGGCCUUACGGGCUUUUUAUGGGGGGCGGUGGAAAUCUAUUUGCGGCUCAGAUAAUUCAAAUACUCGCGAUCAUUGGUUGGGUGAGUGCCACCAUGGGCCCACUUUUCUACCUGUUGAAGAAACUCAAGUUGUUGAGGGUUUCGCAAGAAGAUGAAAUGGCGGGAAUGGACAUGACAAGGCAUGGUGGAUUUGCAUAUGUUUACCAUGAUGAGGAGGUUAGUUCUCAUCCACCCCCAGGGUUCAUGAUGAGAAGGAUCGAGCCAUCGACUGAAAGUCCAGGACCCACUAAUGGGUCAACAAACAACGUUGUCUAGUCUACCGGUUCCUCUUGAUUCCGGGUCCAAGUCACAAAACUUUGAAUACCAUUCAAGAAAAAAAGCAUACAUUAUAGUGGAAUCAGAAACUGCAACUAGAGAUGCAAUGCAGGUUUCAUAUCCUAGAUCACGUAGAUGUCGUCUUUCUUGUUGAACUCAAUAUAGUUUUUGUGUUUGAUGAUCAAUAUGUUCAUAUUCUAGGCUUGUAAUUAAUUAUUGUUGUCUCAGUAUUUUAAGUUUAGUUCUCAUGUUUAAGAUCUUAUUUGUGGAUGAAAUUAUGUAUGGAUACUUUCCAAUUA